GCAACAGUGACGGCCAAAAACAAGAAUCAUUAUACACAUAACAGAAGAACAGUCAGUGUGAACGCAUAACGGAAAAUUAUCUGUUCACAAACUAUGUAAAAUACAAACAAAAACGAAAAACCGAGCUAAGGACAUGGGUGUGUGCUCGCGAUGAGUCGAUCUCCGGCGAACAAUGAAUAAUGUCGCACCGUGUUAAACUCACACAGUGAUAGAGAAAAUAAGAAAGAUAAGCGGGUGACAUAAAAAUGAACGGGUACACUGGCAUCCAGCGCUGCGAUAACGCAUACGUACAAACAAUAAAAAAAGAAUAGCGGAUAAGAUAAGUGUGCUAGUUGGAAUGAGUCUAUCGUGCUGAUGAUGACUUAUGUGCCAUAGCUGAUAUUUUUACAGCUGUAUUAGGUGUCAGUCGCAAUUAUUGCAUUAUGAUUCGUGUAAACUUCGACCAAUUAACUGCGCUAGUGAACUUGAUAGUGUUGUAGUCGUCUUCGUUGUCGUCUCGUUUUGUUGUUGUUGUUCUGAAUUUCGAUCAAAUAAUAAAAUCCAAAUGUCGCAAAUCUUACUGAGGUGUUCGAUUUAAAGUUAUUCUAAAAAAUGCAGUCGCUAGUCGUAACACUAUUGAUCAUUCUAUUGUGUCUGCACACAUUAUUGACAGAUGCAUUUCAAGAACCAUUGCAACGUUGUCCACGAAUGUGCACCUGUGGCCGAUACGAAGAACUUAACAUGGCUAACUGCAGCGGUCAGAAUUUGAUUAGUGCCAAUAUCGGAAUGGCGUCUUCAGUUGAAUUUUUAGAUUUGAGUUAUAAUGAUAUCACCACAAUUGACAAUGACUGUUUCAAGGAUUUGCGACAUUUAGAAUCAUUAGUGUUGACUCGAAAUUCCAUUAGUUCCAUCGAAUUAGAUGCAUUUGCGUCAUUGACAAAAUUAAAACGUGUCAACCUAACGUGCAACCGCCUUGAAUCGUUCGAUAAUCGAAUUUUCGAGCAAAACACACAACUGAUUAGCAUCGAUUUAUCGGGAAAUAAAUUCAUGCAUUUACCAAAUGUACCAAUUAUCCGAAGUGCAUCAUUAGAGAUAUUGGACUUGCACAAAUCCCAAUUAACGCAUUUACACGUCAACUAUUUUGGUGAAUUACCAAAUAUCAAGUACAUUGAUUUGUCGGAAAAUUUAUUGAUUCUGCUAAAUUUGGCGGCAUUCGCAACGAACAAUCAUCUUCGAACGGUGAAUAUGAAAGCAAAUCGAAUGAAAUGUGACGAACAAACGAAUAUGUCGAUCAUUUGGAUGAAUCGAAAUCAUGUCCAAGUUUCCAUUGAUAAUUGCCCCGAAAGCGAAACAAAGGACCGUUCACCUUUGAAAUUUGAGCGAAUGCAAAUGUUGUCGCCAAACAAUAGAACCGCAGUGUCAUCUCACGCAGUAGCAGCAGCAGCAGCAGCAACCAAUACAACGCCAAUCGAUUUGAAUCGAGUUUGGAAUACACACAAUCACAAUGACCAUAAUAUACCGAUAUUGAAUGAGCGGUGCAGUGCAAAUGAAACCACGGCCAAGCAUGCGUGUCAAUUAUUUGAAAUAUGCGUGUCAAAUUUAACGAUGCUCGUUGAAGAGGUUGAAGUGAAAUUACAACGGAAAAGUGACAAUAACAUGCUGCGCUACGAUCCGGUACGUUUUCAUCACACGUGGUAUGAUUUUGUUACGGUUCAAGUGGCAUUCUAUGGUGGCCUAUUUAUUGGCACAAUAUUCGGUGCUAUCAUGCUAUUUACGAUGAAAUUGAUCUCGGAUUGUGUAACGAUGUCGAGCACAGACACCACCGAACACCGAGUGCGGCGAAAAAGAAGAAACCGUAGUCGCCAAUCGGAGGACCACAAUGACCAAAUAGUUGUGAAUAAUAAUUCGGCGUUGUCAAGUGAACGAACAACUUCAGUCGUUCGACGAAAUGAGAUGCCCGAUGAGGCAUCAUAUCGGCAAUUACCACGACAAACAUCCACCUCCUUCUUUGCCAUUUUCUAUGAGCGUCCCGUGCGCCGUCGUUACUAUCGUCAAAUCAAUCGAAGCGCUACAAAUUUGGUGCGUCGAUUGAGCCAGAGUCGUCUUUUUUUGAAUUCAACACGAGCACAAAAUGCUGCCCAACGCAAUCAAUCGAAUCGUCGAUAUCGUCGCCAGGCAUCAACACGCACAACUAUUGAGCCCGAAGCCGAACCAAUGUGCGAUGGCCUAAAUGAAGUGAUCAGUUUGGAAGUGACACAAGAUGAAUUGAUGUCCGAUGAUGGUGAUACAGUGCAUCGAAAUUGUGGCAGCACUCAUUCGCUGAACGUAUCCAAUGAGAAUCAUCAAAAUGCAGCUGAAAAUCGAUUAAGUGCCAUUCGUGCAUGUGCCUCGGAGAGUGACAUAUUUGGUAGUAAUGAACGAAGCGAAACGCCGCCACCACCAUACAAUAUCGUUGUACACAGUACCAAAACACACUUAGAAUUAUGAAGUAAUCAUAAUGAUCACCUAGUUUUAGUGGUUUCUUUUCAUGGUUUAAUAUAAACAUUUUCCUUCAUUAACCGUCAAAAUCAUAUUUUACACAUAGUCGUUUAGAUUUUUGUAAGUUUUUUUUUAUAAAUAAAAUUUGAAAUAAAGACGUCAGAAAUGAAAUGAACAAACCACAUUCAA